AUGGCCAUGUCUUUGACUGCCAAGUUCCCUUACCAAAGACUUGGACACGAUGUUGGGUUUGGUGAUCAUGAUGAAGAAAGAGACAGAGUGGUUAUGAGAUCGAGAGGUUGGUACAGGUUCAAAAGGGUGUCCAUAAGGAGGAGAUUGAGGCUCAAGGUUCCAAGCUUGAGAAGGUUGUUGAGGAGGAAAGUUAGACUGCUAUCUGCAGUCAGAGUGUCAUGGUCUUGGGCAAAGGUGGCGAGGAGAUUUAAGGAGAGUCGGGCUCAUUUUGGUGAUCUCUUUGCAGGAAACUACCUGUUCAUUCAAGUCAAUCCUUCCUCAUUGAAGUGCCUCAAGAAGGAUAACGACCUUAAUGGCUUGUCCUCUAGCUACUCUCUUCCAAGAGUACUUGCUUAA